GACAUGUAUACACUGUAUGUACACUCAGUCAUGUCUGACUCUUUGCAACCCCAUGGACUGCAGCCCACCUGGCUCCUCUGUUCAUGGAAUUUUCCAGGCAAGAAUGUUGGAGUGGGUUGCCAUUUUCUACUCCAGACAUAUACACACUACUAUAUAUAAAAUAGAUAACUGAAAAGGACCUACAGUAUAGCACACGGAAACUCUACUCAUUAUUCUAUAAUGACCUACAUGGGGAAAGAAUCUAAUAAAGGGUGGAUAUUUGUAUAACAGAUUCACUUUGCUGUAUACCUGAAACUAACACAACACUGUAAACCAGCUAUACUAAAAUAAAAUUAAUUUCAAAAAAAAUAUUUAAGGGGGGUCAAAACAUUGAGAUUGUUUCAUCUUUUAAAAAAAAAAAAGAAGGUUGAGAUAGUGAGCUAAGACUAGUUUUUUUUUAAGCAAGUUAUGGGAAGUAAGAAAUGAGACUUUCUUUUCUUCACCAAGGCCACAUAGUGAUGAAAUAGGCUUACACUGCAACGGAACAUGUUUAGGUUUGAAAAUGAGGUAGACUCUUAAUAGUGAGGCUUCUAAACACUGAAAGAGAAGUUCUGGGUUUGUCUUCUCUAAAGUUCUUAAACCUAAACAGGAUAAACUCACAUCUUUAUGGAAUAUUCUAAAUGUGUCAAGAAGGGAAGGAGCGCCUUUUCUAGGUGAUUCUCAUGAUUCAGGAUUUUCUUUUUCUCUCUCUUUUUAAAAUCACUAUUACUCAGAAACAAACACUUCUAAAAAGCCACCAGGACUACUAAGUGUCCUUGGCCAAGGUGAAAGCAACAGAAGUGCCACCAAUGUUUUAGUGGAGAAUUCUCAGGAAUCUCCCUAUGCUACCCUUUGUUCCAUAUUAUCACAUAUAUAACUGUCACAUUAUGUUACCAUUAUUGCCUAUAAUAAUUGAUUUACUAUAAACUUGGAAUUGUGAGUACAGCUGCUGAAAAAACUACUUGUGAACAAAGAGAUUAGAACUUAUUGUUCAUUGUUCUGUAAAGAGGUACAGUAGACUUUUAGUGGAAAAGUUAGCACGUUUCACUCUCUGCUUUUUGCUCUCAGUAUUCAAAGUCAGACUCAUUUCUGUUAAAUCAUUCCCUUCCUGUGACACUAAGUAUUUCUGAUUCAUCUCCAGAAAUAUGAAACCAAUAUGUGUUGGUGGUAUUUGCUUAAGAAAUAAGGGGAGACAUCCACAGUAUACAAGGAGGAAAAAAAAUAUAUCCCCAAUUCAAAAGAAGAAAAAACAUAUAGCCUACCUCUUCCUACCUGCCAGGUUCUCUUCUAGGAACUAGAGAUGCAUGGAUAAAUGUGCCCAUUGCUAAAGAGUGAUCACAGACAGGAAUGAGAAGCAGACAUAGAAAUAGAGACCUAGGAUGUGAAGAGAUGGGAGUUGGAGUAAAGGAAAGUGAAAUGUACUGUAUAGAUAUGCCCGGGACAUUUCUGUUCUAUGCCUAUGAUCUUGGUGUAAUUAUUGAUAGAGUCCUUUUACCCUCAAAAAAUGGCCUUGUUGGGACAGUAAACUCCAUGGUCACCCUAUGAAUAGCUGUAGCUUUCAAGUCUGCCUGAGGUGGUCUAGAAAGAUCUUCCUCAGGAUAGGACAGAAAAUCAAAUAGAUUAAGAAUGCUUUGCCAUUUGUGUUGUCUCCAUCCAAAAGGAAAUGAUAAAACUGGGCAGACUGACUGCCUUUCAAUUCUCCCAGGGUUGACAGAGGGGUAGAAAAGGUAUAUAAGUUCUGUGUGGUGAGGGAAGAGGGACAAGGCAAAAAGACAAUCUAAACCCCUUAUUUGUAUAUGAAAUGCACAAGAGUUGUCAUUAAAUGAACCAUUAAAUUACAAAUUCCCAGAAGUUCUCAGGAUUGGAGGACAUAGUAAAAAAAAAAAAAAAAAAAGAACUAGAAGCCAUGAUGGGGAAUUUCAGAAAGACAUGUUAAGAUUUAAUAAAAGGAAGAACAUUUUGUACAAACAGAAGUCCUAGAGCAGGAUUGGGUUGCCUGUGAGGUUAAGCGCACCAUGUCCCUGGUGGUGUGCAACAGAGACGGAAUGGCCCCAGCAAGCAAACUCAGGCACCAGGUCAAGACUCAGACCAUAGGACUUUAGGAUCCUUUACACAUUGCCCUGAGAUUUUAUGAUUCUGUAUGAUGCAUGGUGUCUUUUUGAGUAGAUUUUAAGUAAGAAUCUUGUGUUUGGGGAAGUAUAAAUACCAGGAAACUAAAAGUUUGUGUAAGCCAAAUCUUCUCAUGAUCCAGUCUGAACACACUAAAAACGGACCAAGGAAAGCCACUGCAGAUCUCACUGAGCUCGUUCUUUGCCACUAGUGCAAGGUAAGCAGCCAUUAGGUGUGUAAUACUCAGAAGACGUGCCUCACUCAGGCCUCCAUCUCUCGGACUCAUUUUGAGAUAGAACAGCUGCAGUCUUGCUAACCCGUUUGAUUUGCAUAGCUCUGAGUUACAUAGGGAAAACCUGUGGCAAAGCUAUCAUUAAAGAGAAACAAAGCAGAAGACUGAACAAAGGCUACAUUCUGUGCAAAGUUGGAAGUUUAGACUGUUUCAGUAAUCCUUGUCAUGGUAAGAUGUCCGCCUCUCCCCCACACCUAAAAACAAUAGCAGAUAAGUGACAAAAGAAGUCUCCCUGGAAGUAACUUAGGAGCAAAGAGUAGGGUGAACUAGAGACUGUGCAUAUGAAGAGAGAGAAAGAAGUUGGCAUGGACACAGGGAGAUGCAGCAAAACACCACCGCACUCAUGGCACAAAGAUAUGUGAUUAGGUUAGAAUCCCUUCCACAUCUUCCCCAGUGCAUUUCAGUCGGACUAUGCAGGUAGAGGCAAAAGGAACGACAUCCUGAUAAAGCUCAGCUUUCCGGAGGCUUAACAAAGAUUGCAACACAGUUAAAGUCAGAAUAAUCUCACUGGGCCUUUUAUAUCAAAUUCUUGAAUAUCUAAUUUAAGAUGAAAACCUUUUCCAGUAAACUAGAGAGAAAUGCCUUCUGCAGGCAGUGGAAGUGACCUUAGUUCUUUAGUGGUUAAGAGUAUCAGGGCUUUGGAUAAAGGGAAAAUAGCUUCACACCUUUGCUACUUAAAGAUUUAUGGUGAAGUAUUUGAAUUUCUCUAAAGUUUUGGUUUCCACAAGUGAAAAGAAAUUGAUAAUACACACACCACAGAGCCAUUGUAAAGAUGAUAUUAGACAUGUAAAUUGUGUAAUGCUUGUAGUGUCUGGGAAGUGAUUAUUAACAAUAAAAUUUUUAUUUAGCAAGGACUAUUAUCCAUUUCUGUAACAUUCUUUAGUCAUCCAUACCAAGCUCUGCCUCAUGUUUCAUCAUCACUUUCUGACUGGUUCUUAACACUCUAACUCUGUUCCCCCUUUGACUUGCUUCACUAGAUACUCUAAGUGUCUGCCUUCUCGCUUCAGAACUUCAUGCUUCCACGUUCCUCAAGAGGUAUACCUAGAAUCAUUUAGAAAUUCAGUGCCAAUAAUGGACGAAAUUUGAAUUCAUAAGGAGAAUACAUGGCUUUUAGGAAAUACUGUUCUUGAGUUCUGAGGGCAUUCUUCAUGUUUUAUGACAUUGACUAUGAGACCAUUCAUGGCAGGUAAACAAGGAACAGGUAUUAUUAUUUUGUACCCUCCUCCUAGGAGGUUAAAAUGACUCACUAAAAGUCACUCAGCAAUCUCAGAUGAAGAAUCUGAGGAGAAGUCUUGAAUUCUUAACCCAAAAUCUGCCCUUUGCUAUACAAAAGUCAUCCUUAGUAGGAUGAUCCCAAGUAUUAAUUUUAGAUUAUGAUAUUGCUUUUUGCCAAACACUUAAAACGUUUUCUGGAUUUGGAUUGGGCCUCUGGUUACCCUCAGAACUUGGGGAGAAGGCCAUGUAAGUUCUCUUCUCAACAGUUAAAGCAGUCCUUGUCACCAAGAUUAUCAUAUGUUAGAUCACAUGUCAGUGUCUGUGACAGUCAGGCCUUGGCUUCUCAGGAUCUACUCAUUACAAGUGAGUUUAUGGGCCUUGAAACAUAUGGCCUUGAUAUAUGAUCCUAGAGCAAAAGAGCAAGGUAUUUCAAGCUGGCCACAAUUUUAUUGACUCUAACAGGCUUGCUUUGUAGUCAUUCCAAUAAACUAGAUGAGAAAUUUCUGAUGCUCCAAGCUAUCCAGUCCCCAGGACUCCAUUUCAUGAUUCAGAGUCCAACUAAACAACUCAAGAGUGCUUUUGUGUGACACUGUGACCACAGGGAUAAAUAAUUGCUUAGUAAUUCUCUUUGAGGCAGAAAAUUCUAAACAUGGAGAAACCAUUUCCCUUUAAUGGGAGCCAGAAAUCCUGUAAGUGCUUGAAAUGGCAUUCACAAGUCUGAAUGGUAAACAGAUAAAAACAGGAGCGCACCAGUUGCACAAAUGACUUGCUUGUCACAAACUUGUCAUUGCAGUAAUCUAACAUUUCUUUCACAGAGCCCGAUGGAAAGUAUGGAACAAACAGGCCCUGCUGACGUUUUGGCUCUGCUAAGCCUUCCUCCAAGCUAAAGCAUCUGCAGCAUCUUCCUGUUCUAGACCCUUUAUCUGCUGAAGUUAGCUGAUACUGUACAUGUCAAAGAAAUGUUUGACUAUGCAUUAACAAGUUGAUGACAAGCAAGUUAUUCCUGCAACUGAAAUGCUUCUGCUUUUAGCAGGCUGCCAUUUUGACCUUCAUCUUAUUAUACAGAAGAACCAGAACAGAGCAGAGCCCUGGGAACAUUCAUUAUCACAGUAUCAUUGCCCUAGACUUGAGAUCACUGUCUAGGGCUUAGGUGUAGUAGUAUAGUGAACAUAUCAGGCAGUUCCAUCAAGUUUAUAUAUGGGAUUUUCUGGUAAAACAUAAAUGGUAUAAACACAUUAAACUGUCCCAAGAUUUCCUAUUACUGAAAUAAAGUGAGCCACGCAGAAAUUCAUUUCCUCCUGCACCCCCGCCAUCCCAAACACACACAUGCUCAUACACGGGUCUGUAUAUAAAAUGUUAAUACAAAAGUCCCUUCUCAUCCUCAGUUCCACCUUCCCCAGUUUCGGUUUCACUUAGCCACAGCCAUCUGCAGUCUGAAAGCAUUAAAUGGAAAAUUUCAGAAAUAAACAGUUCAUUGGUUUCAAAUUGUGCACUGUUCCGAGUAGCAUGAUGAAAUCUCAUGCCGUUCCACCUGGGAUGUGAAUCAUCCCUUUGUCCAGAGCACCCCACCAGUUACUCACUUAGUAGGCAGCUCGGUUCUGACAUCGACCGAGAUAGUACUGCAGUUCUUGUGUUGAAGUCACCCUAUUUUACUUAAUAGUGGCCCCAGUGCAUAAGAGUGGUAAAGCUGGCAAAUCAAUUAUGCCAAAGAAAAGCUGUAAAGUGUUUCUUUUUGUUGAAAAGGUGAAAGUUUGCAACUAAGGAAGAAAAGUUGUAUGCUGAGGCUGCUAAGAUCUAUGGUAGGAAUGAAUCUUCUCUCAGUGAAAUUGUGAAGAAGGAAAAAGAAACCCAUGCUAGUUUUGCUGUUGCACCUCAGACUGUAACUGCUAUGGCCACAGUGCAUGAUGAUGCUUAGUGAAGAUGGAAAAGUCAUUUGAUUUGUACAGAAAGAUAUUUUGAGACAGAGAGAUCAAAUUCAUGUAACUUUUAUUGCAGUAUAUUGUUAUAUUCUUUCUAUUUUAUUAUUAGGUGUGAUGUUAAUCUCUUACUGUGCCUGAUUUAUAAAUUAAACUUUAUCAUAGGUAUGUAUGUACAACAAAAAAUAUAGUGGACAUGAAGCUUGGCACAAUCCGUGGUUUUACGCAUCCACUGGGGUUCUUGGAACCUAGCCCCCUUGGAUAAGAAGAGGGUACUGUAGCUGAAAUCAGAGUUAAUGAAAAUUACAACCAGUUUUACAGUUUUUGCCAGUCCUUGGAUUUCCUAUCAGUAAGCUCUCCUCACCUGCUUCUCAAGUAGCAUAACAUCUGAACCAGUCUAAGGCUAAUCAGAGCCACACCCUUAUCCCCUAGAAAAAGAGCUGUGUGUGUCUUUCAGCCUCCUCACAGAAACCUGGGGCAGCCCUUUAUAAAACACCACCAGUUUAUCUCCAACUUCAGCAGCCAGUAGGGAGUGCUCACACACUAUGCAACUUCAGACUCUUGCCUUUCUGCUUGAGAGGCCCUCCCUGUCAGGGGGACCCACCCUUGGUGUUCCUUGAGAGUGUGUCUGGUGGGGUCCCAGGCUUAUCAGCGUACAGCCAGAGCUGGAGCCUGAAACAGGAGCCUUGCCCGUUACCCCCAAAAAUUCUGCCUCUGCUGGGACCUUAGGUGGAUCAGCACUUGGAGCAAUGGAGCUUUCGCCCCAAAGACUGGCCUUUUCAUAAAGCGGAGCUUCUACUGUUCAUUGAGGUGUCGGUCGCCCUGCAUUCUUUUCAUACCUCUCUGUAAGGGUUAAGGGCAGUUGCUUGUGUCUUAUGUGGUUUAAAUGUGGACAGAAAAUGCUGCAUUCUCAGAUUUUUUUCUGGUUGAUGCCCCAGGUGCUUUCAUUUUUAAAAGUCUUGUGUAAAACUGAUGAUCAUUGUUCAGCCACGAGAACUCAAAUUGCUUGCCAAAGUAGUGAUGGGGCUUAAUUUCUUUUAGAUUUGAUAAACUGAUCACAAUCCUGUCUCCCAGAUGAAAUGUUUAAUUCCCAUCCUAGGUAUCUCAGACUGUAAUCUAUACCUCAGCCUUGUUACCUCAGAAGACAGGUGGGAAAGGUGUGUAGAGAGGGUCCUGUGUUUUACACAGAUAAGAAUAUUGCCCCAGGAAAAGGAAGUGAAGGUAGUUUGAAGUGGCAAUUAUAUCUUCAGUCACAGAAAACAUAUAAACAAACCAUUGAAUUUUAAAAGAAAUUUUAGUGACUUUUUUUUUCCUUCUUAAAGUUCCUAAUAUGAUUUCUGUAAUGAUUUUCUGUUUUCUUUCUUCACAGAACUUAAAUGGCAAAGAAAUGAUAUGCUAUUUUUGAUUCAGGAAAAAAUAAAAAUCUUUUUAUAUGGGAACUCUCUUUUUAAAUAUACGUUAGGGAAUAGAUAAUGAUAACAAAAAAAAAAUGUUCUCUCUUCCUGUUUAGAGAGAUAGAUGAUUAGUGUAUGUGCUUUUAAUAUAUACUUACUUACUUACUUGGUUGUUUGUUUAUUUUAAGAAAGCAAGAAAGGAAGGAAGAAAACAAAAACUCUUGUGCUGGAGUGAUUUCCUUAGAUUCAUAGAAUGGUGGGGCUGGAAACGAGCUUGGCGAUAGGGCUACGCCUUUGUGGCACAUGUCCACUUCACAGCAGUGGCUGGCCCUUUUCCUCCGCGCUUUAAGAGAAAGAGAAUUGGCUGGAAUAAAACCUUGCUUUCCAUAUGGUUACCUUGAAAUACAGCAUUGAAAAGAUAAAGGAAAUCAUGUAUCCAGAGUGAAGAUGGAAUAUCAAUUGACAAGAAUCUAUGAAGCUGGCACUUAUUCUGAGAGACAUACGAAUCUAAAAAUCCAAUAAUGCCUCUUCCUUUGAAAACACUGGAAGCCAGAACGGUAUUAGGAAAAUCAAUAAGUUCCUUGACCAUCAGCCUGUGGCCUGCCCCUUCUCUUUGUAUGCAGCCACUCUGUGUUCCCUGCCCCAAUGAACAGCUGCACUAGGCCCAAACCUUGGAGUGAUUUACCUGAAGAGUGACACCAUUUAUUUGAAAACUACUAUGAGGAAACUGAAGCCCAGAGAGGUGAAGUGAGGUGCCCAAGUGCCACACAGCAAGUUAGAGGCACAGCUAGUACCAUAGCUCAAGUCUCCUGACUCCCAGUCCAGUGCUCCUCCCAUUACUCCACGGGUCCUGUCUCUAAGCUUCCUGACAAAUGCUAGAACGGAAGAAACCCAAGACAGCUGAAAACCAGAAGGCAUCUGAGGAGAAUGAGAUUACUCAGCCGGGUGGAUCCAGCGCCAAGCCGGGCCUUCCCUGCCUGAACUUUGAAGCUGUUUUGUCUCCAGGCUCAGCCCUCAUCCACUCAACACAUUCACUGACAAACUCGCACGCUCAUACCGGGUCAUCUGACUGUGACAUCAGUUGCAAGGGGAUGACCGAGCGCAUUCACAGCAUCAACCUUCACAACUUCAGCAAUUCCGUGCUCGAGACCCUCAACGAGCAGCGCAACCGUGGCCACUUCUGUGACGUGACGGUGCGCAUCCACGGGAGCAUGCUGCGCGCACACCGCUGCGUGCUGGCCGCCGGCAGCCCCUUCUUCCAGGACAAGCUGCUGCUGGGCUACAGCGACAUCGAGAUCCCAUCGGUGGUGUCGGUGCAGUCGGUGCAAAAGCUCAUUGACUUCAUGUACAGCGGCGUGCUGCGCGUCUCGCAGUCGGAAGCCCUGCAGAUCCUCACGGCCGCCAGCAUCCUGCAGAUCAAAACGGUCAUCGAUGAGUGCACGCGCAUCGUGUCGCAGAACGUGGGUGAUGUGUUCCCGGGGAUCCAGGACUCAGGCCAGGACACGCCACGGGGCACUCCCGAGUCGGGCACCUCGGGCCAGAGCAGCGACACCGAGUCAGGCUACCUGCAGAGCCAUCCGCAGCACAGCGUGGACAGGAUCUACUCGGCGCUGUACGCCUGCUCCAUGCAGAACGGCAGCGGCGAGCGCUCCUUCUACAGCGGCGCAGUAGUCAGCCACCACGAGACAGCACUUGGCCUGCCCCGCGACCACCACAUAGAAGACCCCAGCUGGAUCACCCGCAUCCACGAGCGCUCGCAGCAGAUGGAGCGCUACCUGUCCACCACUCCCGAGACCACGCACUGCCGCAAGCAGCCCCGGCCCGUGCGCAUCCAGACCCUGGUGGGCAACAUCCAUAUCAAGCAGGAGAUGGAGGACGACUACGACUACUACGGGCAGCAAAGGGUGCAGAUCCUGGAGCGCAAUGAGUCCGAGGAGUGCACGGAAGACACCGACCAGGCCGAGGGCACCGAGAGUGAGCCCAAGGGCGAAAGCUUCGACUCGGGCGUCAGCUCCUCCAUAGGCACUGAGCCCGACUCCGUGGAGCAGCAGUUUGGGCCCGGGGCGGCGCGGGACAGCCAGGCCGAACCCGCCCAACCUGAGCAGGCCGCGGAAGCCCCAGCCGAGGGCGCCCCGCAGCCGCACCAGCUAGAAACCGGUGCCUCCUCCCCCGAAAGAAGCAACGAGGUGGAGAUGGACAACACGGUGAUCACUGUCAGCAACAGCUCCGAUAAAAGUGUCCUGCAGCAGCCUUCGGUCAACACGUCCAUCGGGCAGCCAUUGCCAAGUACCCAGCUCUACUUACGCCAGACCGAAACCCUCACCAGCAACUUGAGGAUGCCUCUGACCUUAACCAGCAACACGCAGGUCAUUGGCACAGCCGGUAACACCUACCUGCCGGCCCUCUUCACUACCCAGCCGGCGGGCAGCGGCCCCAAGCCUUUCCUCUUCAGCCUGCCGCAGCCCCUGGCAGGCCAGCAGACCCAGUUUGUGACAGUGUCCCAGCCCGGCUUGUCGACCUUUACUGCACAGCUGCCAGCGCCACAGCCCCUGGCCCCAUCCGCAGGCCACAGCACAGCCAGUGGGCAGGGCGAAAAAAAGCCUUAUGAGUGCACUCUCUGCAACAAGACUUUCACCGCCAAACAGAACUACGUCAAGCACAUGUUCGUACACACAGGUGAGAAGCCCCACCAAUGCAGCAUCUGCUGGCGCUCCUUCUCCUUAAAGGAUUACCUUAUCAAGCACAUGGUGACACACACAGGAGUGAGGGCGUACCAGUGUAGCAUUUGCAACAAGCGCUUCACCCAGAAGAGCUCCCUCAAUGUGCACAUGCGCCUCCAUCGGGGUGAGAAGUCCUAUGAGUGCUACAUCUGCAAAAAGAAGUUCUCCCACAAGACCCUCCUGGAGCGACACGUGGCCCUGCACAGUGCCAGCAAUGGGACCCCUCCUGCGGGCACACCCCCGGGGUCCCGCGCUGGCCCCCCAGGGGUGGUGGCCUGCACGGAGGGGACCACCUAUGUCUGCUCCGUCUGUCCAGCAAAGUUUGACCAAAUCGAGCAGUUCAACGACCACAUGAGGAUGCACGUGUCUGAUGGAUAAGUAGUAUCUUUCUCUCUUUCUUAUGAACAAAACAAAACAACAAAAAAGAAACAAACAAAAAAGCUAUGGCACUAGAAUUUAAGAAAUGUUUUGGUUUCGUUUUUACUUUCUGUUUUCGUUUUUGUUUCAUUUCAUUUUGUACUACAUGAAGAACUGUUUUUUGCCUGCUGGUACAUUACAUUUCCGGAGGCUCAGGGGGAGUAAUAGUUCUCCCAGUCUCCCUUGGAUGGUGGCCUUAAGGCCUGGUAGUACUUUGGAGGUCCACUGGUUGGAUCUCUAGCUACUGGCCUCUAAAUACAACCCUUCUUUACAAAAAAUCUUUAGAAAAAAAAAAGUUAAAAAAAAUUUUUUUUCACUUGUGAAGAGCACUACAAAAAUAUAUAACAAAAUCUAAAAGGCCUACUGUCUUUAAGUACACCGCUUGCAGUGUUUCAGUGGACAUUUUCACAAUUCUGGCCACUUGGACUUCACAGUAACCAUUUUAAACUGUGGAAUAUAACUUUCUGGUUGAAAACCCAGAGGGAAGGCCCUGCUCUUUUCCACCUACCAGGUUGUCUGAUUUCCAUAAAAAGGGCUGUGGGGGUGGGAGGGGGUGUAGGUUUGAUGGUGAGGGGAAGACAAAUGGCCGGCUUCUCCCCCAGAUUCUGCUGGGUCCACACACCUUGGCCCACCUCCUCCACACCCCCUUUUCAGCAGAAGCCAGGAAGACUUGGACAAGCAUCAAGCAACAGUGGCUAUCGUAUUUAUUCAGUGUCUUCGCUGAGCUCCAGCCUCAGCACAAUCAAGAGGGACUUUCAUGAAAGGCAGGAAUGCAGAUAAAACAAAGAUAUCAGAGGUUUGCACCUACGUUUCUAGGUACAAGAGAAGGAUUAUUUCCAACAAUCUUUGCAAAAAAAAAAGUGUCAGGAUAUAUUCUUGUGGAAGAGAAAAAGAAAGAGAAAUGGAGGGUGGGGGGAAUAAUAAAAAGUUCUUGAGGCUUUUUUAAUUCAAAAUUUUAUAGAGGGGCAAAAGUGACAUUUACCAGAUAGAAUGCUGAUUUUUUUAAUAUAUUUACAACAGUAUUUGUGUAAAAAAAAUACAAAAAAAGUGAUAUUGUUAAAAGUAAUUUUUUUUCAUUUUGGUUUUGCAUACACUGCCACCAAUCCCUUCUCUUUUAUUUCACACACAUAUAUAUAUUUUUUGGUAAGUCAAGACUGUUAAGGUUAGCGAUACUGCUUCCAGAUAGAAAGAAUAAAAGGCAAUUAAAGUUAUAUUUGAAAGAGAGGAAGGAUAUUUUCUUCAUAUUUUUUUAAAUUUUUCUUAAUUUUUAUUAUUUUAAGUAUUGCCUGAGUUGAUGAGGGCCUCUGGCCAGCCCAUCCCUGCUGUAAUUUGAACUGCUGCUUUGUAUUUUGAUACGUAGUUUUUCAACUUUUAGCAAGCUUAUGUUGCUCCACUGAAUAUUUUUUUCACCAAUUCAUCUAGAAUUCUGUUCUUUUUCACGGGAGGGACUUUAUCUUUCAGAAACAGAUUUCUUGCUUCUCUGAAAGUUUCAUUGAGAUCUUGUGAUUCUAGAAUUUCUAUUGACUACCUUUUUUCUUUGAUGAAACACUAGUACUCUAGAGGUCUUGACAAAUGGGUCCUUUCCUUUUGUGGUCAGCCGGGAGGAGGAGUUCACGAAACUCUGCUGUCCCUCCUCACCCUUCACAACUAUAGAGAGCGGCAUUAUCAGAAGCCUGUUACAGAUCAGGAUGCCUCAAUGUCACAAUCACUUUCUUCCUUUCAAAGAUCAGCUUCUGUUCCCACCCUGGUUGAGAGGGCUAAAUAAGAUGAUUAUUCUUUAGAUGCCUUAUCAAUCCUUGCUUGUUGGUAAGGUUUUAAAGAAACUAACAAAAAUCUCCCAGAUGCGCAACAUCCAUCAUCCGGAAGACCAAUUCAUUGCAUCAUCUUAGAUGCCACUCUCUCUUCCUAGUUGAGAUUUCUCUCCUCGGUCCUGAUCAAGGUAUCAGAAUAGAGAUUUUCCCAUUAUAGACAGUGUUCUAAAGGGAUUCCAACUCAAACACAGGAAUUCUUAAACCUUAUGAAAACUCCAAAGGUGAUUUCACUGCUGGGCAUAUUUUAAUAUAUGUAAGGGGGAAAGUAAAUCUUUAAACAAAGCAGAAACACUAAAGUGUAGUUUUUUUUUUAAAAAAAGGAAAAGUGUAUCUCAGUUUCAAAAUUACUUUGCAUUUUCAUUUAAUUUUCCUAUCAGCAACUUAUUUAUUUAAAAAAAAAAAAAAAAAAAAAAACCUGUGCAACAAAUGGGGAGAAAUCUUCCAAGGGAAGCAAUUGUAUAAUAGCUAAAUUGGUUUUACUCAUCAUUUUAGAAUUGGUUAACUAGUAUCUUUUCUAUAAGUUUUUGCUGAUAAUUAGUAAGGUUAGUGCAACUGGUGUAUAUGUGAGUUUAAUUUGGUCCUGUGGUCCUUAAUUCAGUAAAUAUUUUGCUAGAAAUUUUAAUGUAGCCAUGGAUGAUUAACUGACCUUUAAGUAUUACCCAUUGUGAUUUCUAAGAGGAGUCCUACCACAAACUAUGUAUCCAAAACUGACCUGUUUUAAAAGCUGGUGGAAAAUAGCUUUAGAAAUAAGAAAAAGUCCAUUUUCUUUUGCUAAUUGUGCUUUUUGAAGUAGCUAUCUUAGACUCCAGUAUUUCCACCUACUACCAACAGAGGGAGCAUUAGUUAAUUAACCAUGUCAUAGAAUUUUGAUAUUUUGAAAAACAAGUCAUUCAACCCAUGAUGUAACACAGAAAAAAAAAAUUGACAUUAAAAAAGAUCUUUGUAAUCUAAAGGAAAAUGACAUGAAAUCACUCAGCAUAUGUAAAUGGAAGAAAGUCAAGCGUCACUUUAAAAUAUUUUGAAUUAUUUGACAGUUGCUGGUUUAAAAUGGUGUCCUUACUCAAAUCUUAGCAAAGUAGACAACAUUAUAGGACCCUCAGAAACUUGAUCCUGGAUGCCAGUAUGGGCCACAUUCAGCUAUCUGCUUCUCAAAUUUGAGAGAGACCCAUUUGCCUUAAUGCUGGUUUGUCACAUAAAAACUGAGCAAUUGGGUUAAAAUUUACCUUUUGUUCUAGAACAUGUAAGAGAAAAAAAUUCCAGUUGAGUUUAAACCCUAAUAUUCAUCUUUCCCCUUCAAAUGAAGUAUUUCUCUGUUUUUUAAAUGUUGAAGGACCCCUGAAGAAUUCCUAAUGAGUUAAUCAUUUUAAUGAUAUGUGCUAUCCAGGUUUAUAUAACAGUAGGCUUUUUCUUACUGUGUGUAUAUUCCUCCCAGACAUCUCAUGGUCCAAAAUAGUUGACAGAUUGUCCUCUGGAGAAAGGAAGACGCUAGACUGAAGUUGGAGAUGUAAGUUUGGGGAGCAGUGAACUUGCUGUGGGGUUGUUACUCCAUACUCCGGUCUCUGAAAGAGCUGCUUUCUGAACUGACUUACAUUAGGGGAAAUAAACCAGUCUGUACCUGUUUCAAAAGGAUAAAGGAACUUUUAGUUUAUCAAUCCUUCCUUUUAACUUAAAUAAUCAUCAACAUCUUAGGAAAGGGGAAAACUUUUGCUUUGAGAAUAGAAUAUGAACAUGGAUUCUUUUUUAUUUUCUAGUUUCAAAUCCAACAAUCUUCUUACAUUUCGAACAUCAUGCUAGGAUGUUAUGAGUGCUUUUAAAAAAGAAAAUUUUCAGUAGCCAGGAAAAAAAAAAUAGAUGUAAUGGAAUCAAAUGUUCCAGAUAUAAGACCUCUUAGGAUAAGUACAGGGAACAAGAACUGGUAUGGAAAAGUACUUUUUUUUUUUUUAAGCAAUUUAGGAUUUAAAACUGGAUUAGCUGGACAAGGGAAAGGAGAAAAGUCAAAGGGGAAUGCUUAUCUCAAGACAUUUAGAUGUAGUUUAUGAAAAAUAAAACAUCCUAGCCCUAAAACAUCAGUAGCAUCUUAACAGAGCUGGCAAUUUUGUCCCUAUUAAUAUAAUAAAUGCUAAUAAUUGUACCUACCCCCCUAACUCCCAGGAAGUAAAAUAGAACCCAAAAAAGGGAAGAAAUUGGGACACAUGGAUCUGAUACAAAUCUACAUGGGGAAAACGUUGAGAAACAAGCCAGGCCAAAAAGGAAUCUGAAAUGAAAAUCUCUAUAUCAAAAUAUUUCUUACUAUAUAGUUUGAAUUGUAAACUUUAGUUUUUAAUACAAUUUUAUACACUUUUUCUUCCCCAAAUCCCUAAUGCUCUAAAUUUGUUUGUGCCAUGAGUAAGUGUCAUGGAUAAUUUCCUGCUGUUGCUCAGGCUGAAGCCCAUUUCUUCCUAGGCAUCUCGGAGGUCACAGUAGCUCCUGGCCUUAGAAAGACUUGAAUUUUCUUUGUUUAAAAGUCACAAGGUUUUGUUUUGUAUCAGCCCAACAUUCUAUAAGGACCAAGAAAACUUCUAACUCAUGAACAGUUAGAAUGUGUGCAGUGUGAUAUGAAAAGAGAAAAGGUUUCUUCUGGGUGUUAGCUUCACACUGGUCCUAAAGACCUCCUAUACCCCCAUCAUCCAAGUACACCAACAGUACGUGCAAAGGAGAAGUAGGCACCACCUGAGAUGCCCUUGGAAUUUAGAAGAGAGGGGGUGCCCUGUCUGUUGUGACCUGACUUAAAAGACAUCGUAUGAAAGAAUUAUUUAAUGUAGUCAUGAGUUGAAGUCCAGGGACCUGGGAGCCAUGGGGAAGAGAACAGAAGGUUUGCAAAAUGUAUUCAGCACCCAAUAAUGCAAAGCCAGAAAGCACCCAAUCACAAAACUAGGAAGUUUGGCAAGAUGUAUUUAGAGAAAGCUCUGGGCUUUUCCACGGGUAGGGUCAACAGACUUUCUUUUGAGUGAUUUCUGGCUCUGAGAAACCUCUUUACUUACUAUAAAAGAACUUUAUUUAAAUGGCCAAUUUUGUCCCCCAGAGAAAGAUUUUAUAAAGAGAAAAACAGGACACUAAAGACACAACCAUGUGACUUGGUGUCACACAAAAGGAAGGGGCCACCAGAAUUUCAAUAGACUCCCUGAUUCCACAGAAGAGCCAGGCAACCCAGUGCCCUUCGGUGCCUAGUGUGUGAAGAAAGUGCUUGAGCCGCGUCAGGCUCCCCGAGGCCAAAUGCGACCUUGCAGUGGGGCGGCCGCAGCUGUUUCCCCUUCUGUGUUCUCGCAGAGAAAGGGGCUUGUCUCCUAGGUGCCCAGGAAAUAGAUGGCACGGGGCAAACUUUCAAAACAAUCUCUGCCUUGGUGCUCAGGCUGCAAAUGGAGACAAAAAAGGGGCACAGAGGAGCUCUUGCUCUGGAGAGAACAUUCCCAACAGCUGUUUGUGCAGAGUUGCCAUUUGUGAUGCUGCAUCAACCUCCCCAAGAAGGAAAGCUGUGGUGACUCAGUGUCCCUGUAAACACAGAGCUUGGAAACUAAUAACCCAAAGCAUCAUUUCUGGUACUAGAUACUCAAGUGAUUAACCUGACCAAAACACCCCAAAGAUCUUCCUCAGUCUCUGCAUAUCUACAAAACAUUGACUCUGUAGCAGUCAGUGGUGCACGUUAAGAGAUACCAGGAAAUGGUGUGAACACUAGGGUCUGUUUGGAUUCUUUUAGGGUGAAGAGGUAGAAGAUGAGGGUUGCACAGCAUGGGUCCCUUUUCAGAACUAUGUAUUUCACUGAAUGAGGUAGAAAUGCCCUGUGUUGAAACAAGAAACAUCAUUUUUCCGCACUGCUGACCAAAAAUGCCUGGAUUCCAGUGGUUCUUCAGGUCCAGCCUAUUGCUCCAAAAACUGAAUAAUUUCAGACUAAAUCUAAUCUGAAGUGACCUCAGUUAAGGUAUUUUCACAGGAAGCCACUUAUAGUAAAGAAUUACUGCCUUAAAUCAAAGCCCAGGGAAGAGAACAGAAAUAGAGAGAUUGGAAGGGUGUGAAGACGUGGCCCUUUCUUGCCUUUUAAUGGUUGCAUUAUUGCAAAACUGAGCCCUAUUCAUGACUGAAGACUAUGGAAACAGUGACUUUACAGGGAGGCACCAAACUUGUACGGAACUGGCUGCUUUCAGGAAUGGCUGCUAUUUCUUAUCGUAUUUCGGUGACAUACAUCUGGGCUGGAUGCAAAAUAGACAUCCUAUUAGCUAAAUAGUGAGUCCCAUGAAACAUGAUCACAGGUGUCUAAGAUGCUAGUUGAUUCAUUUCCUUAACAGGGAGAACAAUCUCAACAAAAAGCUUUCUCUUCCUGUUCAGUGUAUAUCGCUAAACUUUUUUUUUCUCAGUUUCAGUGAGCAUCUGGUUUAUCUGGUGGCUUUUUGUUUAAAUGCAAACUCACAACUUUCAAAUCUUCAAUGAAGGAGCACAGUCUGCAGAUUGUAGGGAAAAUCUAGCCACAGUUAUUGGAGUCCUGGCUUUUGCAAUACCUAAUUAGAGUGUAAAAAGUCCCUAACUAGCCUUCUUUCAAAUUCAGUGGUUUCCUUGAUUCAAAAUGCUUCAAUGAGAUUCUAAUACACCCAAGACAGAAAAAAAAAAAAAAAA